AUGGCGGGCAUUGAAGGAGUGUCUGCCAUUAUCACCGUUGCUCAAGUCGGGUUUGCCUUAGCGAAAGUUUUAAUCGAAUACAUCGAGGAAGUUAAGGACGCAUCGAGCCGUAUUAGGCGCGUUGGGAAUGAAAUAAGGACAACUAGCGAACGGCUACUUGAUAUCGGGAAACUUGUCGAGACGAACCCUAUAACAAACGCACUCAGCUCAGAGGGUAUCCAGAGUGCGGUCCGGGCUUCUGAUGAAUGCGCACAGGUACUUAGGGAGUUGCGCACGAUUUUAGCCAAAGGAGGAUAUACGCCUUCGCACACUCUGGUGCAGAAAGAGGAAAUCGAUAUAUCUUAUUUUACGAAAUUUAAAUGGCCGUUUAUCAAGUUUAGACUUGAGGUUCCAAGGGCAGAGCUACAGAGAAUAAAAUCAGAUCUAACUCUACUUUUUACUUCGGUGAUGGCUAUUUCAGCAUCUACCGAGGCCGACAAGAUGUUUUAUUGUGCAGAAAUCGUAAACGUGGAGAAAACGCGCAAGUGGGCAGCGAUGAAGGCCAGCAAAGCCAGACAAAGGGCAAUUAAAGCCGACCGCAAAGGCGACCGAGAGUCUCCAUAUCGUGGUGCAUCAAUGGCUUCAUCCACUGAGGAUGUUGAAGAUGAGCGGAUACUAACCGAAUUUAUGGAUUUCAAGGAGGAGCAAGCAAUUGCGUGGGAAAGAAAAAGACAAGAAGAGCAACUCGCUCUGCUCCGUGUGCGGGAAGACGCAAAGAGGGAAGCUGAGGAGAAAGAGCGCAAAGCAAUUGAAACUCUAGGUGUUGCAAAAUACAAGGAAGCCCUUAAACAACAGAUAGCGGAACGAGAAUCUCGGAAUUCAGCCACCAAAGAGGCUCUGCGCGUCGAACUAGAGCGGCUCAACUUCUCAUCAACCCAAAUGAAAUCAAUUCUGGACAAUAUACAUGUUGACGUCAACGACGAUACCCAGUCUGUGAUCGCCUUGCGUACACUGGGGCAUGAUUUAACGACUAUUGAUCAUUCAUCAGACCGGAACCCUACUAGCAAUAGCAAGCUUGGGAGCAAUAAGUCAAACCGAAAACCUCGCUGGAUGUUGUGGAAACGUAGCAAACGCGUUCCAUAUGCUAGUGGUUCACCACCCUCUGCUCUAAUUUCAGGUGCUUGGGACGACUCCGUCUUGUUCGAAUCGUGGGUUUUUGAAUCAAGCUCCGGUUUGUGGUGCGAGUUCAAAGAAAAUCCCUCGGAAAAUUGGAGCAAACAGGACUCCCAACAGUUUUGGAACCAGUAUUCACGGCUCCCUGCCAACCACCGUACUACAUUCCAGAAUUUCUAUCACGAAAAGAACAAACCUCUGACGGACCAGGAGAAAUGGACGGUCUUGCACUUAGAGCCAAUCAAAAGGGUCAUCAGAACAGGCAUAUUUGCCCGAAAUGAAGAAGAUGUUGGACUGCGAGUCCUUGCGACGCGGAAAAAUAUGGGACAGUCGAGUUCUGACGGACUAGUGCAAGUGCCAGGUCGAGAUGAAGAUGAAGAAGUUUCAGUGCCGCCAAUAGACGAACCUGACAAAGAACUUCUACCUGUCCCACCUUAUCGAAGUGCUGAAAGUCGAGCCAAGGACCACUUGCCCGAGAACCGGAAACAUGGUUCGGAGAGCUCUGAUAUUCCUCCAGCCAGAGACAGUCAUUUACCUCAAAGAGGGCAUCGCAGUUCAAAAUCACGACAUAGGAUCGUGUUUCAGGAUGACCUAAGCGAUAGCGACGACUCUUUUCUUUAUGGCAAUAGACGAAGGAUAGAACGGCAAAGGAACGAUGAAAUGAGACCUCGCGACAGGUUUACUGACCACGCUGAGCUAUAUAGAAGAUCGUCUGAGAUCCAUCCGAGAUCGAGGACAGAGGAUAUGAACACUGGUCGCUUUGCGGACGACAAGAAUGCGCACAAUGACGACGCAUGGGAGAGUGGCCGUAGCUAUGUUCGUUCCCGAAGGCGGGAUUCAACACCAUCCCGGCGACAAGUGCGGCUCCUGUACAACGAUGCUCAUGAACGAAUCUUAAAGAAGAACCUGGAGAAGCAGAAGCAAAGGCAGGAGGCAAAAGCCUCAGACGAAACUUCCCUCGUUUUGUCGACAUUGAACCGGUUGACAACAUAUCAGGGCAACGAGCUUCCCCCCCGGCAGCCACCUAUCGUCCCAACAAACCCCAGCAAAGCAAAGGUAGAUUUUGCUCGUGCUCCUGCUCCUGCUCCUGACCCCGCUCCUGUCGACUCUGAUGAUGAAUACCCAGCGCCCUCACAUGGGUACACUCCAGCCCCACCCGAUCGUUCCUGGGCCACGAGCAAUAAUACACAAACGGGAUCUGAUAAGCCAAUCAGAGAGCGUGAGGAAAGCAGACAGCGGCCAACCCACCUCCACGACGGCCAAGAUUACCGCUACGCUGCUCCAACUAACAAUACUAAUCUUCGUGGCCGACAACUGGUACAAACCCCCCCACCCGAUCCCAAAAUCAUAGUAUCUGAUCCCUCGCCAAUCUUGCUGCUACCAUCUUCACCUGGAAUUUAUGAGUCUCCUGCUUCUAUUAGCCGUGCAGCAUCCGCCGAAUACUCACACUCUGAUGGCAGUAGCGGCGAGGAAAGCGCUCACUUAUCCCAUCGCACGCGCGAGGGUGAGUCCAGCGAAGACGAUACAGAUGGUACUGGGGGUAAAGUUAAUAAUGACUACGAGUCGGGAGAUGAUAGCGAACAUGAUAUGAAUUGA